GGAAGGGGAAUUUCCAUUUCUGUAUGUAUUCCAAUGCCAAUUAAUCAGUUAAUUAAACAAGGGGGCAAAAUCCGCCAAGUCUAUAUUUCUUUUACUAAAAUGCCGUCAGUCGGUGCCUAUGCACUUAUCUCCGCUUCUCCGACUCCGAGUAUGUAUUUAAGAGCAGUGAAAAUAUAAUAUCUUUUAUCUUCAGCUCUAAACAUAUAAUAUUCAUCUCCAGCAUACUUCUAUCAUGCCCCUCAAAAUCCUCAUCUCAGGCGGCGGAAUCGCCGGCCCUGCCCUCGCCUUCUGGCUAUCCAAACUAGGCCACCACAUCACCAUCUUCGAACGCUUUCCCUCCCUCCGCGCGUCAGGCCAGCAAAUCGACCUACGAGGUCACGGAAUCGAAGUUAUGAAAAGGAUGGGAUUGGAGGAGAUAUUCCGGUCGAAAGCAGUUGCAGAAAAGGGUCUUCAAUUUGUCGAUGCCCACGGCAAGCAAAGGGCUUUCUUUGCCGUCAACGCAAAAGAAGGACUGCAGAGUUUCACGACGGACUAUGAGAUUAUGAGAGGCGAUCUCUGUCGGAUAUUAUACGAUGCUACCAAGGAUAAUGUGCAGUAUAUCUUUGGCGUGUCGGUAGAGAGUCUAGCACAAGAUGCACAGCGCGUGAAUGUGCACUUCUCCAACGGAAAGCAAGACACAUUUGACCUCGUCGUUGGGGCAGACGGGCAGAGCUCUCGAACAAGACGCAUGAUUGUCGACGCAGACAAGCCGGAUCCGUUCCGUUUUCUCGGUCUGUAUACUGCCCACAUGACGAUUCCGCGGGAGGACGAUGAAUAUGUUAGUUCGAUCUUCCAUGCGCCGGGGAAGAGGUCUGUUUUUACCAGACGGCAUGCGGAGGAUACGAUUCAGGGGUAUCUGAGUUACUGCGGAGUGUCUGAUGAACUGCAAAAUGCUCGGGAUAUUCAAGCACAGAAGAAAGCAUGGGCGAAACUGUUCGACGGCGCAGGAUGGCAGUCUAACAGAAUCAUCAACGCCAUGCAAACCGACUCAGCCGGCGACUUUUACUCUGCCAAAGUCGGACAAGUCAAACUGGACAGAUGGUCUCGCGGACGAAUCGUCCUCACCGGCGAUGCUGCAUUCUGUCCAUCUCCAAUGACAGGAAUGGGCACGACAUCCGCUCUAGUAGGCGCGUACGUGAUGGCUGGAGAAAUUGGGCGAUUCUGCAAGAAUGAUAAUAGUGAAGAAGCAGUCAUGGCUGCAUUAGACAGUUACGAUUGUCGCUUCAGGCCGUUUAUCGAUCAGGUGCAGCGAUUAGCCCCUGGGAUGCCUGGGUUGGCGUUUCCGGAGACAGCAUGGGGAAUUGCGAUACUGCAUUUCCUAAUGUGGUUGGCUGUGUUUUUGCGGGUGGAUAUUCUGACCUCAUGGCUUCUGGGUGAGGAUGUCAAGUGGGAGAUGCCUGAAUAUGCAGAGCUUAUGCAGAGCUGAAGUGAUUGGUUUUAAUUGUUGUAAUACUCUCGUCUCUGGAGGUCAAAUGAAAUUGCGAUUAUCGUAUGUAGUCAAGGAUAAAAACCCUACCAUCACUGAAGGCAAGAUGGCCGAGUUGGUCCAAGGCGUGAGGUUAAGGUCCACUCUUGUCAUUUCUUUUUGCUGGACUCUGGACC